AUGUCAUCCAACCUUGUGAUCUUCCUGAUCCUCUUCGUCACCUCUGGAUCCCUAGCCGCCCGUUCCCGCCCAACAAUCACUCUCCACAAAUUCGAACUACCCAUCUACUCCUCCCCAAAUGCCGAGGAUUUCAUGGAAAAAUGGAUUGUGAAGAACUGUCCGGAUCUUGCCCGCAAGGAAGACGUCAAUCGGAUGCCGGCUGAUUUGGUGAUGACUGAGGGUGACUGCCAGCGACGGGCAUUUGCGUUCAGUUUUGUGGCGUGUAACCAUGGGUGCCAGGAUUGGAAAACUCUGUCCACAGAGACCUGUGGUGAGGAUCGUCGUCAACUCUCGACGUACCAGAUGAAAAAAAUCUGCUGCAAGGACCAAGUGACACCCACACACCACAAACGGUCGACGUCUCCAUUCGAUUUCUAA